UCCUCCUCACCCCCUCCCUCCUCAACUUCUUCGCCCUCCUCUUCAACCUCCUCCUCAACUCUUCGCAACCCUCUCCCUUCCUCAACGGAAGCGGAUCCUCGCUCAAAUGCUGCGCCAGCUGAUUCUUCGCUCGAUUCUGCGCCACUAUCCCCAAACUCUCGUUCUCACUCUGCGCCGUCAACUCCUGUGUUCUCGCAUCUCUCAAUUGCUCCUGCUUCUCCACCUCCGCCAAUGCCUCCUUCUGCUCGGCAGCCGCCUGAGCCGCCUCGCUCGCCCUCUUCUUCGCCUCCUCAGCCUGCUUCACCGCCAUGCUCAACAACUCCUCCAACUCCUCCAACCUCUUCUGCAACUCCGCGAUCUUCUCGCUGUUGUCUCCCUGAGGACGCUUAA